AAAGUGAAAAUAAGUACCAGUCUCCUCGUGGUCGUCCCCGGUCCGCAGAUGUAGCUCUCGUAUAACAGAGGACAGAGAAAUAUUCGCUGAAGUGGGUGUGUGCGGGAGAGGAGGGGUUAAAGAUUGGGAGGGUAUAGAUUGCAGACGGAGCAGUAGUGGGGUAGGCUGGAUUGUGAUAGCGACAGAUGUCUAGAAAACUGUGAGGGGCACUCCUCACUUGCUGCACAGUCCUACACUGCACCUCGGAGAGCAGGGGCGGAAUCUGCAGCUGUCACUCCAAAGGUUUACCUCCAUUAUCACACAUCCAGCCGGAGCGAGGAGAAGAAGCACAAGUGAUUACUCUCUGGAAAAACAGGAGAGACCAUGGGAGCAAGACUGAGCAAGAAGAAGAAGGGAUAUGACGUGAGCGACCCAAAGGCAUCGAAGGAUGAGGCCCCAGCUAAGGCUGCAGAGGCGGCUGCCCCAGUGGAGGCUGCUCCAGUGGAGGCUGCAGUCACACCCUCACAAGAAAAGUUGCCGGCUGAAGCAAAUAAUAUAGUAGAGGAACCUGUUGGGGCAGCUGUGGCAGCAACAGCAGAAGCUGUACAGGCUCCAGAAGAGCCCAAAUCUGCACCUCCAGAGGAACCAGCAGCUCCAGUAGAGGAACCAGUUGCAGCUGCAGAGGUACCAGCUCCAGUUGCAGAAGAACCAGUUGUUGCAGCAGUGGAGACAGCUGCUGUAGCAGAAGAACCAGUUGCAGCAGCGGUGGAGGUAGCGGUAGUUGCAGAAGAACCAGUCGCAGCAGUAGAGGAGCCGGUUCCAGUUGCAGCAGAAGCAGCUGCAGCAGUGGAGGCAGCUCCAGUUGUAGAGGAACCAGCACCAGCAGUGGUGGAGGCAGCUCCAGUUGUAGAGGAACCAGUUGCAGCAGUUGAGGUGGCAGCUGCAGUUGCAGAAGAACCAGCUCCAGUAGAGGAACCAGUUGCAAUAGCUGAGGAGGCGGUAUCAGCAGUCGAGGAGUCAGCUCCAGUUGAGGUCUCAGAGCCGGCUGCUGCACCUGAAGAACUCCCUGUCGAAGAACCUGUUGCAGUUGUCAAAGCUGUUGCAGAGCCAGAGGUUAUUCCAGCCAGCACAGAGGAAGCACCUGUGGACCCAGAGCCCAUCCAAGAGACUAUUACUGAGCCAGAAGCCGCUGUGGUGGAGGCAGUGGUACCUGCUGCUGUUGAACCAGAGCCAGAGGCUGAACCAGCUCCAGAGCCAGUUCCUGAACCAGAGCAAAUUCUCGAGCCAGUACAAGUACCAGAGCUGGAGCCAGAACCUGUGCCAGAGCCAGAGCCAGAGCUGAAGGUUGAUGCGAUAGAAUCUGCAGCAGUUGAGCAGGUGGUUGAGCCUGAGCCAAUCAUAAUCACAUCUGACAUUACUGAAGCACCUGUGGUCUUGGAGACAACGGCAGAGGAGAUUCCCCCUGAACCCCAGGCUGUAGAAGAAGAAUCUGUUGCGAUCACUGAAGCAGUAGCUGAGCCAGAAGCUGCACCGGCACCCGAAAUUAUCGUCUCUGAGUCCAUCUCUGCAAAUGAUAUUACUGCAGAGGUCGAAGAGGUAGCUGAAGCCCCUGUGGAAGAGCUGCCCAGCCCAGUGCCUGAGAUAGAGAGCAAGAUGGAAAAUGGGAAUGUAGAGAGCCCUCUUGUUAUAGAGGGUGUGGUAGAAGUGGAAGCAAUCCCUGCUGUGAAUGGAGAGUGCACAGAUUCUGCUUCCACACCAGGGGAGGAAUGCGUAAAUGGCGAUGACACACCUAUCAAGGAGAAGAGUGACUUUGAACUGAAAAAAGAGGUGAGCCUAGGCGUGGAUGUCCAGGAAGUUCCAGAUUCAGUCCCCGACAUGGUGGAGCCUCUCAGCACAGAGGUCACCCAGGCAGUCUGAAAAGAAGCUGUCAUUUAAAUCAAUGUGAAUCCAAUUUAAUCCUCUGAUGGCACAAGGCGGCCAUCUUGGUAUCACAAACACAGCUAGGCUUUCUGGAAUGCUGUAACCACCGCAAUGUCUAUAAUGGUAACUCAGGCAAAAAGGUCGUUUUCUGUCGAGUAACCAAAAAUGAAAUGCAACCACUUGAGGAUAGAAAGAGAGAGAGAGGGAGAGGCAGAGAUAGGAAGUAAGAUGAAUGUGCAGAGACGAGGCUAGAGUUUGGAAUUGGAGGGCGAGUGCGGACAGACAGAAACUGGACAGCAGAGAAAAAAACCAACUGGACAGUAAAUAUGAUAUUGAUGAAUGAAAUGAUUAAAUCUGUCUUUGUGUGUGAGCUUGAUGAAUAUUAUGAAGUGGUCUCUUGGAACAGCAUUCAUUAUUAGUAUGUUAUCUGAUUUAGAAUGUCAUAUAUCCUUUCUAUUACUAUAUGCAAAGACAUGGCAUAAACAUUUUGGCCUUUUAUAAUUAUGGUACCUGUGAGGAGUGUUCAUUUGAAAUUGAUUGUUCAGAAUAGAGAAUAAAAAGAGAUUGUUAUAGCCUAAA